AUGGACAGCAUCAAGAACUCCGACACCGUUCAGUCCAUCGCCAACGGCCCCGUCGCCGACAAGGCCCGCGCUGAGGCCGAUACCACCAAGAACCAGUUCACCAACCUCGCCGCUUCUCGCCAGACUCCACAGUACCAGACCGCCACUGGCCAGAACCUGACCCACUACCACUCCUUCUUCUACAGCCUCCUCUCGUGGGAGAACCCGCGUGCCACCGGAGUCAGCUAUGCCACCAUCGUAGCCCUUCUCUUCAUUGCUCGCUAUGUUCCGGUUGCCAAGUUUGGACUCAAGGUCCUCUAUACGGUAUUGGGUGUCACCGCGGCUGCCGAGAUCGCCGGCAAGCUGGCGUUGGGAGAGGGUAUCUCGAGCAAGAUGAGGCCGCGCAAAUACUACACAGUCCCUCGCGAGACUCUGGAGAGCGUGACGGGCGAUAUCGAAGAGCUGAUCAACUUCUUCGUCGUCGAGUUCCAGCGCAUCGUCUUUGCGGAGAAUAUCUAUGCUACUGUUGCGGUGAGUCAAACCUGUUGAAGCUCUAUUGAAAAUUCACUGACACGUUUGCGCAGGCUUUCUUCACCGCCUUCGUCAGCUACUUCCUGAUCAAGAUCACUCCUUCAUGGGGCCUGGCCUUGCUCUUCACCACCGUCCUCUACUUCGCUCCUCUCGCCUACAUCACGAACAAGGAAUUCAUCGACGAACAUCUGAAUAACGCUCAGAACAUCAUCUCCGAGCAGGCCACCCAGGUUCGUGAUCUUGCAGCCCAGCACACCGGAAAGGCAUACGAGGCGACCUCCAGCGCUCUGAAGGACUACGCCGCUCAAGCUCAAGAGGCGAUUGGUCAGACGAAGAAGGCGGCCGUCGACAAGGGUGUUAUCAGCAAGGAGACUGCCGACAAGGUCACUCCGGAGAAGGCACCAGUCACGACUGACGACUUCCCUUCGGCACCCAAGGUUGAGCCAGCAGUUCCUGAGACUGCUCAGGCUGAGGAGUACAAGGCAGAGCCCAUUGCUGCGUGA